GCAGCUCUAGCUGCCAGCCAAUUAAGCUUAAGUCUCAAGAACUGUCAAUCAAGCUUAGCAUGUCGAUGAUCUCCAGCAUGCUGCUCGGCCGGAAGCAGCCGCCGCCUCCACCGCCGCCGCCGUCGCCGCACCAGCACCUGCAGCCAGGCCAGAAGACAACGACGGCCAACGGCGGCGGCGGGGAGGCCGUGGAGCCGCCGCUGAGCAUCGACAUCCUGGAACAGCCGCCGUCGGUGUUUACGGACGCCGGCGGCCUCUCGCUGGCGGCGGUGCUAGGCUGCCUGGGCGGCGGCGGCAUGUCGUCAUCUCCGGCGAACAUGGACUGGAAGGAGACGGCGACGGCGCACGUGUUCAUGGCGGACGUGCCGGGGCUGCGCAAGGAGGACGUCAAGGUGGAGGUCGGCGAGGAGAAGCUGCUCCGGAUCAGCGGCCAGCGGGCGGCGCGCGCCGUCGACGUGAAGGGCGACCGCUGGCACCGCGUGGAGCGGGGCGAGAGGUUCUCCCGCACCGUGCGGCUGCCGCCCAACGCCAGCACCGACGGCGCCGGCGUCCACGCGACCCUCGACAACGGCGUCCUCACCGUUACCAUCCCCAAAGACGACAGCCGGAAGGCCUUCGGCAGGAUCAUCCCCAUCACCAACUAAUUAAUAAAUCAAUUGAUUAAGCAUCAUAAUUAAUUUUAUGGGAUUUAUAAGGAGAGGACGUUCUGCUGAUCGUCCAAUCAAGAAGACGUACAUGGGGCAGUCACGCCAUUUUCUGCUGGCAACUUUAGUUCCACAGUGACAACUUAUCCUGUGUAAGCUGUAAGUGGCAGCUUAAUUUCUGAGCUGUUCUAUGGUACCCUAUAAUGAAUACUAGCCGUCUAUUCGCGAAUA